AUAGCUGCCUCAAACACAUACCUUGGUCUGAAGAUCGGAUGGACCUUUGGUGCCUCCCUUUUUGGUGCCAUUUUCUCUUUUGCAAUCAUCAAGCCCCUCUCACGUAUCCUGCCGCCAAAAUGGGGUGGUGGUUACUUUGGUGCUAAAGAAAACUGUACUGCUCAAUCUGCUGCCACCACUUCUGGUGGCCUGUCUGCCGGUUUUGUAUCCGGUAUCCCCGCCAUGUAUAAACUUGGACUGAUGACUACUCCCCGCGAAGAUGCUGCUGCCCUUGUCCUCUUCACAAUCUCUGCCGCUUUCUAUGGUCUCUUUUUUGCCGUACCUCUCCGUCAACAGUUCAUUGUCAAGCAGAACCUAACUUUCCCUACUCCCCGUGCUUCGGCAAUUACCAUCAUAUCUCUCCACGACACCGUCGAGGGCGAGCGUGAUGCCAUGCGCAAGGCCAAAUGGAUGGGUAUCUGGUUCUUCACUACCUUUUUCUGGAACGUCAUUGCAUACUUUGUCCCAUUCUUCGAAGUUAUCCAUGUCUUGUACUGGAUUGGUCAUGCUGCCAACUAUGCCCCUCUCAUGAGCGCUGAUGUUGCCUGGAGAUGGAAUUUCCACUUUGAUUUCCCCUUCUUUGGCGCUGGUUUGAUGACUCCCGGUAGUACUGUCGUCACUUUCUUUGUCACAAGUGUUGUUGUAUUUGGUGUCAUUGGUCCUUGUAUGGUUGCCAAUGGCAGUUUCGUUCAGCCCUACGGUUUCACAGCCGCAGGUGAAACCACCCAGUCCUUCUUCCUGUGGCCCGGUAUUGCCCUCAUGGUUAUCUCAUCCUUUGCCGAGCUUUUCAUUCACUACGACGCUCUCUGGCGUGGUGUAAAGAGUGGUGGUGCUAGCAUUCGUGAUGCUGCAAUCCAUGCUUACCACCUUAUCAAGAUCCAUAUAUUCCGUAAGACUGUUCAUGAAGACGACAGAAUCAAGACUGAACUUGAUCCCGAUGAGAUCUUCAAGGCCUCAGAGCUUGUACCUACCUGGUGGUGGGCCUCUGGUACCUUCAUCUCCAUCAUCUUCACAUGUGCUAUCAUGGGCGAGUACUUUGGCAUGCCCGUUUACCAAUCAAUUAUUGCCGUCAUUCUUGGUUUCUUGUUCGCCUUCGUUGGUCUCCAGGCCACUGGUGAAACUGAUAUUAACCCUGUUGGAAGUAUCGGUAAAAUGUCCCAGCUUGUAUUCGCCAGAAUGCCUGCCGAUGAUCUCAAACAUCUCCAGAAGAACAACUUGAUGGCUGGUAACAUCAGUGCUUCUGCUGCCUCCCAGGCUGUCGACAUGGUUGGUGAUCUUAAGACUGGCCAGCUUGUUGGUGCCUCUCCCCGCUCCCAGUUCUUGUCCCAGUUUGUUGCCUCAUUCUUUGCCAUUGGUAUCGCCGUCGGUCUCUUCAUCUUAUUUGCUGAUGCAUACCCCUGUAUUAUCGAUCCUGACAUGAAUGCCAAGUGCGAGUUUGCUCUCGUUGCUGUCAGUGCAUGGUACAAUGUUACCAAGCUUUUGACUGGCGAUGGCGACCCGUUGAGCCGUUCUUGUAUCAUUGUCACCGUAGUGUGCGCUGUUGUUGGUGGAGCUGGCCCAGUUUUGCGUAACAUCUUUGUCCCCAAGAGAUUCCUUCCAUACUUCCCCUCAAUCAGUGCCAUUGGUAUUGCUAUGAUUAACACAACCCCUGAAGUCCCUCUCUCAAUGUUCAUUGGAUGGUGUGGUUCUCGUAUCUGGCAAAGAUAUUUCCCCAAGAAACACGAAGACUUUAUGUACAGUUGUGCUGGUGGUAUGAUUGCUGGUCAGGGUAUUUCUGCCAUUGUCCAAGCUGUCUUUACCAUCGCUGGUGUUGAAGGCCACGUUUUU